AUGGCUAAAUGCAGCGCAGAGCGUGGAUUACCCGUGCUCUUCCUUCUAAGGUAUACUAAGUUGAAGACUGCCACCAACAUCUACAUCUUCAACCUGGCCUUGGCUGAUGCGCUGGCCACCAGCACGUUGCCCUUCCAGAGUGCCAAGUACCUGAUGGAAACAUGGCCAUUUGGAGAGCUGCUGUGCAAGGCUGUGCUGUCCAUUGACUACUACAACAUGUUCACCAGCAUCUUCACGCUCACUAUGAUGAGUGUGGACCGCUACAUUGCCGUCUGCCACCCUGUCAAGGCCUUGGACUUCCGGACGCCUGCCAAGGCCAAGCUGAUCAACAUAUGCAUCUGGGUCCUGGCAUCAGGUGUUGGUGUCCCCAUCAUGGUCAUGGCAGUGACCCGGCCCCGGGAUGGAGCAGUGGUAUGCAUGCUCCAGUUCCCCAGCCCCAGCUGGUACUGGGACACAGUGACCAAGAUCUGCGUCUUCCUCUUCGCCUUCGUGGUGCCGAUCCUCAUCAUCACGGUGUGCUACGGCCUCAUGCUGCUGCGCCUGCGCAGUGUGCGCCUUCUGUCCGGCUCCAAGGAGAAGGACCGCAGCCUGCGGCGCAUCACCCGUAUGGUGCUGGUGGUGGUGGGCGCCUUCGUCGUGUGCUGGGCGCCCAUCCACAUCUUCGUCAUCGUCUGGACGCUGGUGGACAUCAAUCGGCACGACCCGCUUGUGGUGGCCGCGCUGCACCUGUGCAUUGCGCUGGGCUACGCCAACAGCAGCCUCAACCCCGUGCUCUACGCCUUCCUGGACGAGAACUUCAAGCGCUGCUUCCGCCAGCUUUGUCGCGGGCCCUGCGGCGGCCAUCAGGAACCCGGCAGCCUCCGCCGUGCCCGCCAGGCCACCGCGCGUGAGCGCGUCACCGCCUGCACCCCCUCCGAUGGCCCCGGCGGUGGUGCUGCCGCCUGACCUACCCGGCCCUACCCCUAAGCACCCCACCCAAGUGAAGUGACCUGGUGCCAGGCCACACUGAGGCCCCUGGGAGGCCCCGGCCACCGUCUGGGCAGCUGGAAUGGGGCCUGCGCAGAGGGGUGGCCUCCGGUAGGGGCGGGGCAGGAGGGAUCCAAGGCUCUGGGUUGGAGGGGUGGGGGCAGAGCUGGCGACUCCAGAGAGUGAGAGACAUUGGAGGCUCGAAAUUGGAUCCAUCAGUAAAGGCCUCUCCAAUGGGGCAGAGCUUCAAGCCUUGGGGCAGCCUCGGGCUCUGGCCUUUUGAACACCCAAUUCCAGUCUAAGAUCUGAGGAUUCCAGCUCUAGAAACCAGGAGAGGCAGUGAUGGGGUCGAUGACAUGAUGGCUGUGAGAUUCUGAGCCUUUGUGUUAUGGGGAGGAGCCUCUUCUUAGGGGAGGUGAGAGGACCAACCAGGUAGCCAGGAAGGGUACUUAAGGGUUUGGCCAGGAGAUAACUCCCCCUCC